AUGUUUGGUCCUCUAUCGCUAUUGAUCGAGAAUUACUUGCGAGAAGUGGGAUUUUGGCAAGUGGCUACGAUAGGCCGGGGGUGCAAGUUGGACCCGAAACUAAUCAGUGCAUUGAUAGAGAGGUGGAGACCCGAGACGCACACUUUUCAUCUUUCAUGCGGAGAGUGUACUAUCAUUCUGGAAGACAUGCAUUUGCAAUUGGGAUUACCGGUGGAUGGGUACGCAGUCAACGGGCCCGCAUCAUCUACUGAUUGGGGAGCCAUAUGCUACGAGCUUUUGGGUGCUAUACCAGAUAAAAUUAACGGAGGUCGGAUCGAGAUGGGAUGGUUACGAGACAUAUUCCUGGAGCCGAAUAAUGAUGCGACUGAACUCGAAAGAAUACGAUAUGGUCGGGCAUAUAUUCUUGAGAUGGUUGGAGGUUAUUUGAUGCCAGACUUGUCAAGAAACCUCGUACAUCUGAGAUGGUUGUUGAAACUCGUAGAUUUUAGAGCAGCCGACGAAUUGAGUUGGAGGUCUACCGUGUUGGCAACAUUGUACAAGAAAAUGUGCAGGGCAACGCGACCGAACAAAGCCAAAAUAGGAGGUUGCCUAUCACUACUGCAAUUAUAG